UAUCUAAAGAGGCUCUUGAACAAGGUAAAAGAAGAUUUCUAAGAAUGUAUGUGUGAUUUCAAGCUUUGAAAAGUGGUUGGAAAUGAGGUUUGAGACCAUAUAUAGGGUUGGAUGGCACAUUUUUGAAAGGGAAGUGUAAAGGAAUUUUACUGGUUGCCCUUGGACAAGAUUCAAUAAAGCACUUCUAUCCUCUUGCUUGGGUAGUAGUGGAUAGAGAAACAUCUAGAACCUGGAAAUAGCUUAUUGAGUUGUUGAAAAAUUCCCUAGAGCUGGAGGAUGGUCAAGGAUUCACACUUAUGUCUGAUAUGCAAAAAGUACACUUUGUGAUUCCUAUUUUAUCACUUUUAUUAUUAGUUUCUAAUUUCUGUUUUGUAUAGCUAAUUAUAUUAACUUGUUAUGCUAAUUAUUGUUGAAGGGUUUGAUUGAUGUUGUUACUCAUGUGCUUCCCAAAGCACACCACAGAUGGUGUGUAAGGCAUAUUGAAGCCAAUGAUGAAAUAUUAGAGGGGUGUAGAGAUGAAGAAGUUAUUGUGAUGGUCUGCUUAGAGCACCAAUAAAGUCUAUGAGCGUUGUGUCUGAACAAGCUAUCAAAGAUUUGCUAUGGUACCCCACCAGAACAUUGGUGCAGGGCCUAAUUUGACACAGUUUGCAAGAACUUCUCAUGUGAAAACAAUUUUGUUGAGUCAUUCAACAAGUGGAUUCUGGAAGCAAGGACAAAACCAAUAAUCAAGAUGUUGGAAGAUAUUAGAAUCAAGCUUCAAGUAGCAGCAGAAAUAGUCCAUGAUGUGGCACUUUCAGCACCCCAAGCCAAUCAAGAUUCUGAUUUUGUGUUCAUGGCUAAUCCUGGCUUUGCCUCUUCCAGCCAACCAAUUUCUGAAGCUGUUGGACCUUCAAAAUCAAAGAGAAAAGCUAAGGACAAAGUUGUUGCACCUUCAAGUUCAAUUAACCAACCCUUUAUACCUUCAAGAGUUCUUGUUGAUGAAGAUGAUGAUGAAAGUGAACUUGAUGAUGAGGAUGACCAGCCAAUUCUAAGGCCUAGGGUGUUUUCUGAAGCUAAGGCUAGGCUUAAACUCAAGAAGUUGCAUCAACAACCAACUGGUGCAAGGAAGAUUGGCUUCAAGGGAGAUGAGAAUGGUGUUAGUAUACCUACAAAUCUGCCAUACUCACCAAGAAAGCUGGCUUGGAAGGCCAACCAUGUGUGACCUCAAAUCAGUUGGCUGCUCAAAAGGAAAAAAAGAUUGGCAAAGAGGGGCAAGCAUUAGGGAAGAUUUGUAGUUAUUUAUUUUCUGUUUUUUCAAUGUUAUGUUGUCACACCCCAACGAGGGGCAUGACGGGUUCCGACCCGUAGGCCGGGAACCACCUGACUUAACAGUUACCUUGAACAUUAGAUACCAUAACUCAAAGAAUACCUGCACGCAGAAAGGGCCCAACAUAAAAAUAUCCGAUAUUCCAACAUAUAUGUACAUAUGCGAACCAACAAGGUCGCUACAACAUCACGAGUAUCAUAGAGCCGGCAAGGCUACAUAACUUCCUAACUACAUAUAAAUGUCUACAGACCUCUAUGGAAUAUAAACUGUAGGAAGGACGGAAUAAGGCUUCGUCAUAUCCAUAUGUACAAAUCAAAAUAUCAUACCAAAAUAGACUGUGGCUCCGAGCCAAAUGGAGCGCACUG